UAUUUCUCAUAGUAUAUGUUCUGUGUGUUGGCAGAAGUUCGAGAAGAAGACGCUUGACUUUUAUAUGUAAUGCUGAUAGCUGCAUCUUAAAUCGUGGUACUUUGAUUCAAAUGAAUCGGAAAUCCACAAGUCAGUGAAAGAAAGAAAACAAUACAAUCAUGGCGGAUGCUGCCGCUCGUCAGUUGCAAUACGAAUAUAAAGCGAAUUCCAAUCUCGUUUUACAAGCUGAUGUCCGGUUAAUAGAAAGACGCAGCCGAGAUGAGGCUACCGGUGAGGUUAUGUCCCUUGUGGGAAAAUUGGAUGGUACGCGUAUGGGUGACAGAGCUCAGCGUAGCAAACCUGGGAAGGCGGAAGAACGCAAAGUGAAACGACAGAAACGCGAUGAAGCGCAGUAUGAUUUUACACGUAUGAAAGGAGCAACAUUGUUAUCCGAAGGUGUGGAUGAAAUGGUUGGUAUUACCUAUCGUCCAAAAACACAAGAGACGCGUCAAACUUAUGAGGUAUUGCUCAGUUUUAUACAAGAAGCUUUGGGCGAUCAACCACGCGAUAUUCUUUGUGGUGCAGCUGAUGAAGUACUACUUGUUUUAAAAAAUGACCGAACUAAAGAGAAAGAAAAGAAAAAAGAAACAGAAUCUUUACUUGGUUCAUUAGCAGAGGAAAGAUUUGCACUGCUUGUAAAUCUUGGUAAAAAGAUCACAGAUUUUGGCAGUGACGAGAAGGGUACGACAAACGGUGAUAAUAUCGACGAAACAUAUGGAAUCAAUGUACAAUUUGAGGAGAGUAGUGAGGAAGAUGAUGAGGAUGUAUAUGGAGAAGUUCGAGAAAAUGAUGACGAGGGGGAUGAAGGUGAAGAAGCUAAUGACGACAGAGCUAUUCAUGCGGAAAAUCUGGGCGGAACAGAAGAAAUGAAGAAAGAAAAACCAUUACAUCCAUUAGACAUAGAUGCAUAUUGGUUACAAAGAAGAUUAAGUAGGAUAUAUGACGAUGCCAUGGUGUCGCAAGCGAGAGCUGCCGAAGUACUAGCUGUUUUGAAAGAUGCCGCGGAUGAUCGUGAAUGCGAGAAUCAGCUUGUACUUUUAUUAGGCUAUGAUUGCUUCGACUUUAUUAAACAACUUAAAAAGUAUAGACAUACAGUUGCAUAUUGUACGAUGUUGGCUUCGUCGCAAUCUGAAUCAGAAAGACAAAAAAUCCGUAAUAAAAUGAACGAUGAGCCGGUGCUUGCAAAAAUCUUGCGACAGUUAGACACGGGUAAAGGCGAAGAUGACGCCGAUGAGACAAUGGAGGCGAGAUCGCAACGCAAGAGGCGGGAAGAGAAUGAGGAUACUGGUGGACCCGGGGGACAGGUUCAGGGUACAAGAAAUUUAAUAGAUUUAGAGGAUUUGAUAUUUGCUCAGGGAAGUCAUUUUAUGGCUAACAAACGCUGUCAACUACCUGAUGGAAGUUUUCGAAAACAGCGAAAAGGAUACGAGGAAGUUCAUGUUCCUGCUUUGAAGCCGAAACCGUUUGCAGAUAAUGAAAAAUUGCAUCCAAUUGAGCAAUUGCCUAAAUACGUACAACUUGCUUUCGAGGGUUUUAAGACACUGAAUCGCAUACAAAGUCGCUUAUAUCAGUCGGCAUUGGAGAGUGACGAGAAUCUGCUACUGUGCGCUCCAACAGGAGCCGGCAAAACUAAUGUGGCUCUGCUGUGUAUGAUGCGGGAAAUUGGCAAGCACAUAAACGCUGAUGGUACGAUUAAUGCAGAUGAGUUUAAAGUAAUUUACGUUGCACCGAUGCGUUCGCUGGUACAAGAGAUGGUCGGCAAUUUCCGCAAACGAUUAUCAACGUACAAUCUAACUGUCUCCGAAUUGACAGGUGAUCAUCAAUUAACGCGAGAGCAAAUUGCUGCUACUCAAGUGAUAGUAUGUACUCCGGAAAAGUGGGAUAUCAUAACGAGAAAGGGUGGUGAGAAGACUUUCACAUCGUUAGUACGUUUGAUUAUUAUUGAUGAGAUUCAUUUGUUGCACGACGAGAGAGGUCCUGUCUUAGAGGCACUAGUAGCAAGAACGAUACGAAACAUUGAAACUACUCAGGAAGAUGUGCGUCUUGUUGGCUUGUCAGCCACAUUGCCCAAUUAUCAGGAUGUCGCAGCAUUUUUGCGCAUUAAACCAGAAACGGGAUUGUUUUAUUUUGACAACAGUUUCCGGCCUGUAGCUUUAGAACAGCAGUAUAUUGGCGUUACUGAGAAAAAAGCGCUGAAGCGCUUCCAGGUGAUGAAUGAGAUUGUUUAUGAGAAGACCAUGGAACAUGCAGGCAGGAAUCAGGUUCUGAUAUUUGUGCACUCGCGUAAAGAAACAGGAAAAACGGCGCGUGCUAUUCGAGAUAUGUGCUUGGAGAAGGAUACGUUAGGCCAAUUCCUUAGAGAAGGCUCCGCGUCGAUGGAGGUUUUGAGAACGGAAGCGGAGCAAGUGAAAAAUCAGGAACUCAAGGAUCUCUUACCGUAUGGUUUUGCGAUUCAUCACGCCGGUAUGACUCGCGUGGAUCGUACACUAGUAGAAGAUCUCUUUGCCGACAGACACAUACAAGUUCUCGUAUCUACAGCAACUUUAGCUUGGGGCGUCAACUUGCCAGCUCAUACUGUCAUUAUCAAGGGUACUCAGGUGUACAAUCCGGAGAAGGGUAGGUGGGUAGAACUGGGCGCUUUAGACGUGCUGCAAAUGUUAGGACGAGCCGGUCGACCGCAGUACGACACCAAAGGAGAGGGUAUUCUUAUCACGAAUCACAGCGAACUGCAGUAUUAUUUGUCACUUUUGAAUCAACAGUUACCCAUUGAAUCCCAAUUAAUUAGUAAGAUGUCCGAUAUGCUAAACGCAGAGGUAGUGCUAGGUACGAUCCAGAAUAUUAGAGAUGCGGUCACCUGGCUUGGCUAUACUUAUCUUUACAUAAGAAUGCUUCGUUGUCCGAAUCUCUACGGAAUAAGUCACGACAAAUUGAAACAGGAUCCUUUAUUGGAGUUGCAUAGAGCUGAUCUGAUCCAUUCGGCCGCAAUCGGAUUGGAUCGCAGCGGUUUGAUCAAGUACGAUCGCAAGUCUGGUAAUUUCCAGGCGACUGAAUUGGGCAGAAUAGCAUCUCAUUAUUAUUGCACUCACGAAACGAUGUCUACGUACAAUCAGUUGUUGAAGCGCACGCUGAGUGAGAUAGAAUUAUUUCGGGUGUUUUCACUGUCGGGCGAGUUCAAGAAUAUUAAUGUCAGAGAGGAAGAGAAGCUGGAGUUGCAAAAACUAAUGGAGAGAGUGCCGAUACCGGUGAAGGAGAGCAUCGAGGAACCAAGCGCGAAAGUGAAUGUGUUAUUGCAAGCGUACAUCUCACAACUGAAACUUGAGGGAUUUGCCCUCAUGUCUGACAUGGUGUUUGUGACACAGUCUGCUUCACGUCUUAUGAGAGCUAUUUUCGAGAUAGUUCUUUUCCGCGGUUGGGCACAAUUGGCAGACAAGUGCCUAUCCAUCUGCAAGAUGAUCGAUCGUAGGAUGUGGCAAUCGAUGUCGCCGCUCAGACAGUUUCGUAAGAUGCCGGAAGAAAUCGUGAAAAAGAUAGAAAAGAAGAAUUUUCCGUGGGAGAGGCUGUAUGAUUUGGGACCUAACGAGAUUGGUGAAUUAAUCCGCGUACCGAAGCUAGGCAAGACUAUACACAAAUACGUCCAUCAAUUUCCAAAACUGGGCCUGUCCACGCAUAUUCAACCUAUUACACGGUCUACUUUGAGAGUCGUGCUGACCAUUACACCAGAUUUUCAGUGGGAUGAAAAGGUUCACGGUAUGUCGGAAGCGUUUUGGAUCUUGGUCGAAGACGUGGACUCGGAAGUGAUAUUGCAUCAUGAGUAUUUUUUGCUGAAGGCCAAAUAUUCAGCUGACGAGCAUAUAAUUAAGUUUUUUGUGCCAGUCUUUGAGCCUCUGCCGCCGCAGUACUUUCUGCGCGUGGUAUCCGAUCGGUGGAUUGGUGCAGAAACGCAAUUGCCUGUGAGUUUUCGACAUUUGAUAUUGCCCGAGAAAAAUCUACCGCCUACAGAACUAUUGGAUCUGCAAGCGCUGCCAAUUACAGCGUUACGGAACGCCAAAUUUGAAGAUAUUUAUUACAAUUUUCCGCAAUUUAACCCGAUCCAGACACAAGUGUUUAACGCGAUUUAUAAUUCCGAUGAUAAUGUGUUUGUUGGAGCGCCCACAGGUUCAGGAAAGACGACCAUUGCAGAAUUUGCAGUGUUGAGAUUACUAACGCAGAAUCCGGAAGGACGAUGUGUGUAUAUGGUGAGCAAAGAAGCUUUAGCCGAAUUGGUUUAUGUCAACUGGGCAACAAAAUUUGGUCAAAAGUUGGGAAGAAAAGUUGUUUUACUGAGUGGUGAAACGGGAACGGACUUGAAACUGCUUGCUAAAGGACAGAUUAUUAUCACUACAGCAGACAAAUGGGACGUGCUGUCACGUAGGUGGAAGCAAAGGAAAAAUGUGCAGAAUAUUCAGCUGUUUAUCGUGGAUGAACUACAAUUAAUUGGCGGCGAGGAAGGCCCUGUGCUAGAGGUUGCGUGUUCGCGAGCGCGAUACAUCUCUUCACAGCUUGAUAAACCUACUAGGAUAAUAGCAUUAUCAGCAUCGUUGGCUGACGCUAAAGAUGCCGCACAGUGGUUGGGUGCACCAGCAGCGGCAACCUUCAAUUUCCAUCCUUCUGUGCGACCAGUACCUCUAGAGCUACACGUGCAAGGUAUAAAUGUCACUCACAACGCGUCAAGAUUAGCCGCCAUGGCAAAACCGGUGUAUAAUGCAAUUCUUCGACAUGCCGCGCACAAACCGGUUAUCGUAUUUGUACCUACUCGGCGACAGGCAAGAUUAACGGCUAUCGACUUGCUAACAUUUACAGCAGCUGAAGGUCAACCCUCGAGAUUCUUCCAUGCGGAAGAGGCAGACAUCCAACCAUUCCUAGAUCGAAUGAUUGACAAAACACUGAAGGAAACAUUAUCGCAAGGCGUGGCUUAUCUUCACGAAGGUUUAUCAGCUGACGACCGUCGUUUAGUUGAACAACUAUUCGACAGCGGAGCCAUUCAAGUGGCGGUUGCCACAAGAGAUCUCUGUUGGAGUUUAUCUAUCAGCUCCCAUCUUGUCGUAGUUAUGGAUACACAGUGCUACAAUGGCAAGACGCAUGCGUACGAGGAUUAUCCGAUCACGGAUGUUUUACAGAUGGUGGCACGAGCUAAUCGUCCGCUAGAAGACGAGGACGCCAAAUGCGUACUCUUGUGUCAAAGCUCUAAAAAGGAUUUUUUCAAGAAAUUUCUGAACGAACCGUUACCUGUAGAGAGUCACUUGGAUCGUCGGCUACAUGAUCAUUUCAAUGCGGAAAUUGUGACGAAGACGAUCGAGAACAAACAAGAUGCAGUCGACUAUCUCACAUGGACUUUCCUAUACCGACGGCUUACUCAAAACCCUAAUUAUUAUGGUUUGCAAGGUGUUACGCAUCGGCAUCUUUCGGAUCAUCUGUCUGAACUGGUCGAGAGUACAUUAACUGAUUUGGAGCAGGCCAAGUGUGUUGCCGUAGAAGAUGAAAUGGAUACCUUGCCACUUAAUCUGGGAAUGAUUGCCGCUUAUUAUUACAUCAAUUACGCCACUAUUGAAUUGUUCAGUCUGUCUCUCAACAAUAAGACGAAAAUCAGAGGUUUGCUGGAGAUUAUUUCUGCAGCUGCUGAGUAUGAAAAUGUUCCGGUGCGACAAAGAGAAGAAAAUUUGUUGAGAAGUUUGGCUGCGCGUUUACCUCAUGCCCCACAGGCCGCUAGAAUGGCUGAUCCUCACGUGAAGGCGCAGCUUCUUUUGCAAGCUCACUUGUCGAGGAUACAAUUAGGCCCAGAAUUGCAAAAGGACACAGAGUUGGUGCUGGGUAAGGCUGUAAGGCUGAUACAAGCCUGCGUCGACGUGUUGAGCUCUUCUGGAUGGUUAGCGCCUGCCGUAGCCGCUAUGGAACUUGCACAAAUGGUGACUCAAGCGAUGUGGUCCAAAGAUUCCUAUUUGAAACAACUUCCGCACUUCACUGCGGAAACCAUCAAACGCUGUACUGACAAGGGCGUGGAGACCGUAUUCGACGUAAUGGAACUCGAGGAUGACGAUCGAAAUCGACUGUUACAAUUAACGGACGCGCAGAUGGCGGACGUGGCCAAGUUCUGUAACCGGUAUCCCAAUAUUGAGAUGUCGUACGAGGUACAAGAAAAGGAUAAGUUACACAGUGGCGGUACGGUAAACGUGAUUGUACAACUAGAACGGGAAGACGAGGUAAUCGGGCCAGUAGUUGCGCCGUUUUUCCCUCAAAAACGUGAGGAAGGUUGGUGGGUAGUGAUCGGCGAUCCGAAGAGUAACUCCCUGCUCUCUAUCAAACGUUUGACUUUACAACAGAAAGCGAAGAUAAAGUUGGAUUUUGUUGCUCCGGCGGCCGGUCAGCAUUCCUAUACUCUGUAUUUUAUGAGUGACGCUUAUCUGGGUUGCGAUCAAGAAUAUAAGUUCACGAUCAACGUUGGAGAGUACGAAUCGGAUGCCAGUUCUGGUUCUGAUUCCGAUUGAAAUCACUAAAUUAAAAUGUUUCAUAAUAUCUAUCAUUUUCUUGUACCCUGCGUAAAAGAUAAGUCAAAAAUAUUGCAACAUCACCAUUUUUAUUUAAAACAAACCUUUUUUUUUAUUUAAAACUAUUAGAGCAAUCUUUAUUGUGAAACUUAGUAGCUACAAUUUUUUAAAAAUCUAUUCUAAAAUUUGUUUUUUAAUUUUCACUUUUCUAUAAUAACAUGUAUUAAAUAAAAAUAUUGUGCAUCUUAUUUUUUCUUUUCCAUUUUUGUAAUCACAUAGCAAAUUUAAGUAAUCAGAAAGUGAGAGUGACAGAGGAAAGAGUGAGAGAAAAGGGGAAGAGAGAGAGAGAGAGAGAGAGAGAGAGAGAGAGAGAAUGAUAUAUACAAAAAAAAUUUAAUUUAAAAUAUUUAGAAUAAGAAAAUAUAUGACUGUAAAAAAACUAUACACGUUUUAUUUCUAGCAUCUAAGUAAUCUCUGUUCGUUUAAAUAAUUAAUGUUACAAUAAAAUAAUAAAUAAAAUUUUUAUAUUUAAA